CUAGUACACAGGCUAAUGGAAAUAUGCCACACCGAAUGGAUUGAAUGCCGCACUCAACUGAGGAAGCUAUUUACUUCGCUGAGGCCGAAGCUGCACUUUGACCAACUGAUAAGCUCGGACGAUUACGUCUCGUGUCUUUUGUGAUCUCUUGGCCGCUGCCAGUUUUAAUUCUAGCUCCUAUGGCCACGGACGAGAGUUGCAGGCACUUCAGGGAGCUGGACAUCAGGCGCCGCUCUGGGUUGCUCCACAUAUACUUUCAGCGGCGAUGGCUCCGCCGCACCAUCUACGAGCUGAUGCGCGCGCUGGACCUGGCCAAUACAGACUCCACGGUCCAGUUGGUUGUGCUCUCAGGCGAGUUUUCUGCGGGAUGCGGCGGCGAAACGGAACCGCUGGCUCUAAAGCAAGGUCAGGAAAACAGGAGUCGGCUGCUGGGAGGCCAACAGAAAAGGAAAGCUGUGGACGGCAAUGACGCCGAGGACAUGUACAUACACGAAAAAGCCGCAAACUUUGUGAUGCGCUCGCUGGCGAAGAAGGUGCUGGCACACCGUAAGCUUCUGGUGGCUUUUGUCGAGACCCAGUGCGUGGGCCUGGGGCUCAGCGUGAUCAGUAUGUGCGAUCUGGUCUUCGCUAUGAAGUCUUCUGCCUUUGUGCCCGCCUUUUCGCACCUGGAUCCGUGCACCAAAGUGGGCCCUAUUUGGACUGUGCCACACAUCCACUGGCUGCUUCACUUGGGAGAUCGGGCGGAUGCCAACACUGCCCUCUACUGCGGUCUUGUGGCUGGCGUGGUAAGCGAUCCGCAGGAGUUCUGGCAUCGCAUUGACCUGUACUCACGAAUGCCCUCUUCCUCUCUGCUGGCGACAAAGCGCCUCCUGCUUCGGCCCUGGCGGGACUUGCUGUUCACGGAGCUGCACGAGGAGGGCACGCCUCUGGCUGCACAGCGAAGACGCCUGGCCAGAUCCAGGCUGUAG